AUGGCAGCUUUUUCGUACCAAUUACAGCAGACUUUUGUCCAACAACACAGCAACCUGGUGGAUUCAAUGUACAAUAAUUUGCAAAGCUCAUCUUCCCAAUUCAGGAUGUCUGGCCCUUUUGAGGAACCAAACAUCAUCUCCCUUUUUCCUCAUCAGUUCCACCAACCUCAUGCCACUUCCAAUCUCAUUGAAAAUACCUGUUGUGUUCUGCAGGAACACAAUAAUGAGCAGUGCUCAGCAAACAAUACUGCUACUGUUACUGCUGAUUCUUCCUCUGUAACUGAUAAGCUUGAAGCUGGAGAAGACCAAGUUACUCAGAAUGUUUUGCCAUCAUCCAUGGAUAGCAAAAGGAAAUCUAAUGAGAGCCCUGCUCCCAGUUCUGCUCAAUCAAAAGUCAUAGGUGAUCAUCCUAGAGCAAAGAAACAGAGGAAAUGCAACAGGAAUGCAAAAGGUGAUGAAGAAAACAAACCCAAAAAAGAUAGCAAAAAUCAGAAAAAAGUUGAUCAAGAAGCUCCAACAGGGUACAUUCAUGUUAGAGCCAGGAGGGGCCAAGCCACAGAUAGCCACAGCCUAGCAGAAAGGGUUAGGAGAGAAAAAAUCAGUGAAAGGAUGAAGCUUUUGCAAGCACUUGUACCAGGUUGUGACAAGGUAACCGGAAAGGCCCUCAUGUUGGAUGAAAUUAUCAAUUAUGUCCAAUCCCUACAAAAUCAAGUCGAGUUUCUUUCUAUGAAGCUUGCUUCCUUAAAUCCCUUGUUCUACGAAUAUGGCAUGGAUUUAGACUGCUUCAUGACUAGACCUGAUCAGACUUUGAGUGAUAUGGCAUCUCCAGUACACACUAUGCAGCAAAGCAAGCCAAUGGAAGCACCAAUCAUUUCUGACACAAACCCUACUACUACUACAACUUUAAGAACUGAUGCUGUUUCCAAUAGCUAUUCCCAGUUAGACAAUUCCCCUUCAGUAUUCUUCCCACAAAUUCUUUCUCAGGCAAAUGGACAGGUCUUAUGGGAAGUGGAUGAACAAAGACACAAACUAAUUAAUAAUAAUCAGGCAGCUGGGUUCACCAGCAACCUGUGUUCAUACCAUUAA